GAAAUCUAAGAUUGUUACACAAGUAGUACAACACAAAAGCGUAUUACGUAGUAUAUGAUAUUAUUUUGAUCUGACUUUAAACACCACUCACUAAGAUUUUAACAAUGGCCACCCGUAACGGACGCUGUCCGUUAUGAAUGGGCCCUUUUGUGCCCGUUACGGAUAUGAUGGCCUUUUUUCCAUUAGUGUGAUAUAGCUCAUAUAUGUACGAAAUUGCUCCUUUUAUAUCUCAAUAAAUUCGGUCAACCAAAUUAGUUGGUAUGUGUUCACUGAAUGCACAUGUACAUGAUGAUAUAUAUAGCUUCUUUUUAUUUGUAGAGCUUGAUAUAAUAUAGCAAAGCUUACAAAAGUAACUUAACAUCUCACAACAAACCAUUGUUAAAUCUUUCUUAUCUAAGACAUAUGGUCUACAAAAUUUCCAAGUCAUGAAAUCGAUCUUUUUAUAUUUUAAUUAUCGUAAUUAAACUAUUAAAGACUUAAACAAGAUAUGCGUACGUCUUAAUAAUAAGCAUGUGCGUUAAGAUAAAUCAUUUGUCACUUCAUAACGUAAAGAAGCUAAGGUACUUAACUAUCUUAAGUCAUCCUAACAUUAUAAAAAAGGGGUCAUCAGUUGACACUCUUAAGGAUUGGAUAAUAAAGAAGCUAAGGGUUGGAGGGACUCGCAUUCCAUGCAUAUAAACUCGUAGCCAUGACGAGUUCAUCAUCAACAAUGAUGUCCUGCAAUUUUUCCAUGCCGAGUAAAUUCGCGGUGUUGAUCUCAACACUUGCAUUUUUCAUCCUAUACUGCUCUUCAUGCCACAACUAUGGGGAGUUUCUACCUAGCUUCGCCCGGUUAUCUCCUUCCUACAAUCGUUUCAAUUUAUCUUCGUCAGUUGUCCAUGAUGAGUACUAUGACCUAAGAAAUCUUCUAAAAGCGGCAUCGACGAAGGAGAAUACAGUGAUCUUGACAUACUUAAACGAGGCAUGGGCAGCACCAAACUCGAUAUUCGAUAUCUUCUUAGAGAGCUUCAGAAAUGGUAACAAUACAGCUUACCUUCUCAAUCAUUUGCUGGUUAUAGCAGUCGACGACAACGCCUAUACUCGGUGCCAGACGCUAGUCUCUCAUUGCUAUCUUCUAAAGUCAAAUGCAUCUUCUACAUUGGCACAUCAAGCUAACUUCAUGACUCCUAACUAUUUGGAUAUGAUAUGGAGAAGACUAGCCUUCUUGCAAACUAUUUUGACCUUGGGUUAUAACUUCGUUAUUACGGAUACAGAUGUUAUAUGGUUUAGAGAUCCAUUCCCACAUUUUACUCCUGAUUCUGACUUUCAAACAUCAUGUGAUCGAUUCAAUGGCAGGCAAUUUGAUUUGAACAACUUUCCCAACGUUGGGUUCCUUUUCGCAAGGUCUAACACUCGCACGAUCAAAUUCUACGAAUAUUGGGUAUCCUUAAGACACAAAUAUCCCAAUUUACAUGAACAAGAUGCAUUAAACAAAGUAAAACAUGAACCUUCUUUAAGAGAACUUGGAGUGAAAAUAAGGUUUUUAGACACAAAUUAUUUUGGCGGGUUUUGUUCACCAAGUAGAGAUAUUAACAAGGUUUGUACAAUGCAUGCCAAUUGUUGUAUUGGGUUAGAUAAGAAAAUUGCUGACCUAAAUACGGCGUUAAAGAGUUGGAAGACAUAUUUUUCUACAAAUAAUCACACGGCCGUCACACGACCCUUUCGUUGGAGAGUUCCUAACAAAUGUCGCACGUCCUUUGGUGUUUAGAGAAACAAUCCCAAAAUCUCCUGGGAUCGGGAGAAAAACUCUAAUAACUUGAGUUAUCCCUCACUCUCGCACGUAAUGGAUUUGUAAUUUUAUUAUAAUAUAAUAUUUUUGUAUCAACGAGCCACAAUGGCACACCAUCACAAAUAGGGGUGGAUGAUUUAUUCUUGUGAUUAAUCGUACACGGAUCAUACUUUAUGUCUGUUAACCACUAGUCAAGGCCUCAUACAUAUAUAAUGGAUUUGUAUGUAGAUGAAUAUAAAUUACAAUAGUAAAAACAAGUAUGUAAGCUCAAGUGUAUUAAUUUUUAUUUUAUUUUAUUUUUGACAGAGCUCAAGUAUUAUAAAUCAUACAAUUUUUUAUUUAUUUAUUUUUAUUUUUAUUUUUAUUUUUACAUGGAUGAUAAGGUAAACUAUAUAAAAUAUAUAAAUAGUGUAAAAAUAAAAUAUGAGACGAAGUACUUGAGAAACAAAAUUACCCUGCAUACGUAGACGUUCAAUGCAUGUGAUACAUUUCUCCCACAAUUUGGUCAUAGAAAUGUAAUUUGUAUUUCUGAAGAAUUAGAGAGAAAUAGAAAAUAAUCACAAUAGAAUUGCUUGCCUUUCAUUGAUUUACCUAGGGAAAUAUAUAGAGCUACAAUAUCAAUCCUAGUCCUAGUAUCAUAAGAUAUCUUAGGAUCUUUGGAAAAUAACUAAAAUAGAAAAG